AUGGGCGAGUCUGAGAAAAGGCCAGAGAUGUUGAAGUUUGUACAGCUGUGCAAUUCAGUUUGGAAUAUAUCUCUGCCUGUGGGGUCCAGCAGGGACCACCCUUUUUGUAAUCCGGCGGUUUCGCCCCUGAAGCCUGGUUUGAAAUUACCGCCGGUUUUGGUGGCCGUAGGAGGAAAAGAUGAACUUAAAGAACGAGGAGUGAUGUUUUAUGAAUAUUUGAGAAGUUGUGGGAAGGAGGCGGAAUUGAUGGUGGAGGAAGGUGGGGUCCACGGUUACCACAUCCUGCUCCCUCAGUAUGAAGGCACUCCACGGUUCAUACAGCGUCUUUCAGAUUUCGUUAAUAAUCGUUGA